AACUAUUUCGUUAAUUAGAUCUAAUUAUAAUUUUAGCAUUUACACCUCGUAACUCUUGGUACGAUAGCACACGGUAAUCUUUUAGUGAAAAGAUGAACAAAAUCAAUUAUACUGUUUUAAAAAAUGAUAAGAUUGGAAGAUACUUGGUUGCCUCAAGAGACAUUAAAGGGGGGGAAGUUAUUAUUUCCGAAAAACCAUUACUAAUUGGACCACCCAUUUCGGGAUUAUUAAUAUGUUUCAAUUGCUGCAAAGAAAUUAAAAGAAUUGCAUAUGUACUUUGUGCAUCUUGUGGUACAGCAAUAUUAUGCAAUGCCAAAUGUACAGGUAAAUUUCACACCAAAGAAGAAUGCGAAAUUUUUGCAUCAAAACAAAUUAAUGGACGAUGUAUUGCAGACAAUUGUCAAAUUAUCUUUCCUCUAAGGUGCUUAUUACUUAAAGCUACUAAUAUUGACUCGUGGACAGAUUUUAUGAAGUUAGAGUGCCAUUUAGAAGCUAGGAGACACACUCCUAUUUGGGGAAGACACAAGACAGAAGUAGAAGAAAUACUAAGAGAAAUGAAUGUAAUAUCUGAAGAAGAUAUCAAUGAUGAGGUAAUUCAAAAGAUUUGUGGAAUUUUGGAUGUUAACACCUUCGAAGUAAGACCACCAAAUAGCAAUAUAUCAAUCAUAAAUCCCGAAAAACAGUGUUUAAGAGGUCUCUAUAUAAAAGCAGCAUUAAUGACACAUGAUUGUACUGCGAAUACAUUAUUAUCCGUCGAUGAUGACUUUACUAUGACUGUGAAAGCUAGUGUUGACAUUCCAAAAGAUGCCCUUAUAUAUUUCAAUUAUGCCAAUGUAUUGCAAGGUAGUCUAGAUAGAAGACAGCAUCUUAGAGAGGGCAAAUAUUUUGAGUGCAAUUGCAAAAGAUGCUUGGAUCCUACAGAACUGGACACUAAUAUUAGCUCUAUUAAAUGUCAUCGAUGUCCGCAGGGUUUUGUAAGAGCUGUUAUGCCAAGCGAUCCCAAAUCAGAGUGGAAGUGUUCCAGAUGCGGCCUAAAAUUUGUCCAUUUCUUAGUAAACAUUAUAGUUGAUGAAGGAAAAAGAUUAAUCCAAAACUUGGAUCAGAACAAUUUAGAAGCUUUUGAAGAUCUGCAUACAAGGCUUUUGAAGACUUUCCAUCCCAAUCACCAUUUACUCUUGGAAAUGCAGCAAAAUAUGAUUGGUCUAUAUUCAUUAUACCCCCCAAGUGUAGCAAACUUAAAAAAGAAAAUCGUUAACUGUCAAAGUUUAAUAAGAGUUUUAUCAGUGAUAGAACCUGGAAUAUCCAGAAUGAAAGCUCUCGCUUUAUAUCAGCUUCAAUCAGCCAUGAUAGACCUUUCUCAUAAAAACUACAAAGAAAAAUCCAUAAACCUAAAAUGUCUCGUAUUAAAUUUGACAACAGCUGAAGAAAUCCUAAGUGAGUCAAUACGGUACUUGUUGCACGAACCAGCAAAAAGUCCAGAAGGAACAGUUGCCCGUACUGCCAUGAAUGAAUUAAAAAUGCUAAGAAUGUCUAUAAAAAAUAUUAAAAAUGAUAUUGUGGCAAAUGACAUGUUCAACAACGAAACGAAAUUUCAAGAAAACGGUAACUUGGAUGCUAAAGGAACAAAGUAUGAUGAAUUAAAGCAGAAACAGGCUAAGAAAAACAGAAGAAAAGUUAAAUAAGAGUAAUUUCUGUUAAGUUUUUAAAUAUUAUGUAAAUAAAAAUUGAAUUUGG